AUGAUGACAAAUCUUAUAGUCAUCGAAGAUAUAUGCGUAGGAACAAGAUCCAUAGACCAGGUAAUGGCCUAUAAAUACCUAGAUCAUGAGAUCCGCAUAGGAAAAGAUAACCAAACCGUUGAGAUUCUACGUCGUAUAAGACUGACUUGGGCAGCCUUCGGCAAGCUGAACCAUAUUUUCAAAUCGUCUGAUAUACCAAUAUGUCUUAAAAGAAAAUCCUUUAAUCAGUGUGUUUGCCAGUGUUGACUUGCGGUGCGGAAACGUUGACCAUGACAAGGAGAACAGUUCAAAAGAUUCGUGUGCGUUUCACUACGAGACAAGAUCCCACAUCGCCAGCUACGACAAAGAACAGAAGUGGCUGA